AUGGCUUUAGCUCCUCCAAAUGGUGGAGAGAGACUGGAAUUUGACGAUGAAGAAGUCGAGCGAGAGGAGUUUCAACUCGAGGAACUAUUGCGCGAAUUUCAAAACGAGCCGUCGAUUCAGCACCGCCAGUUGCCUGAGACUGAUGACGAAGCAGAAGAUGAUGGCGAAGCUAGAGCUGAAGCAGGCGGUGAAGGUCGAGAGAGAAUGGUCACGAGAAUUAGUCGUGGUGAUGGGUCUUUGUACAAAGACCAGACUUUCUUCAACGGUGUAGCUUUCAAAGAGAGUGUCCUCGACUACGCCCUUAAAACAAGGUGGAAUAUCAGCCAAUACAGGUACGAUAAGGAUAAGAUUGGAUUUGAAUGUGCUGGUAGAGGUUUGAACGAUUCAGAGUGUAUGUGGCAAAUUUAUGCCUCGAUUCUUCCAAAAGAUAAAAUUUGGAGAGUUAGGAAGUUUGUAGAGACGCAUACAUGUCAAAAGACUGGACAAGUUGAGUUGGUUAAAGUCCCUGUGAUAGCUAGGUUGUUUAAGGAGAAGAUUCGUAGAGAACCUGAAUACUACAUGCCUAUGAAGAUUGAAGAAUUGGUUAUGUCAGAAUGGGGAAUUGUUGUGUCUAGGCCUCAAUGUCAAGCUGGUAGGAACAAAGCUUUGAAGUGGAUUAGUAGUGAAUAUGAUCAGCAGUUUGCAAGACUAAAAGAUUAUGCAGCCGAGAUAGUAGAUUCAAAUCCGGGUUCGUCUGUGGAAGUUUGCACAACUCGGAAUGAUAAAGGUGAAGAUGUGUUCUCGAGAUUCUAUGUUUGCUUUGACGUGCUCAGAAAAACAUGGAAGGAUAGUUGUAGGCCACUAAUAGGACUUGAUGGUUGCUUCCUUAAAGAGAGAAUCAAGGGACAGCUAUUGGUUGCUUUAGGUCGAGAUGCAGACAAUGCCAUUUAUCCAAUAGCCUGGGGUGUUGUAGAGGUGGAAAACAAUGAGAACUGGCAGUGGUUUGUGCAGAAGCUGAAGGUUGAUUUGGAUCUAAAAGAUGGUGACGGGUUCAUUGCUGUUUCAGACCGCCAUAAGGGAUUAGUAAGAGCUAUUAAGAUUGAGUUACCAAAGAUGGAGCAUCGUAAGUGUGUAAGACACAUCUACGGGAAUCUGAAGAAGAAACAUAAGAGCAAAAAGCAGAUGAAGUCACACAUAUGGAGGCUAGCUUGGAGUUACAAUGAAGCCAAGUUCCAGGCUUUUUACAAGCUAGGCAAUUACUGUGAAGACGUUGAAAACAACUCGACAGAGUCUUUUAAUGCCUCAAUAAACAAGGCCAGAGAGAAGCCAUUCAUCCCUAUGCUUGAAGCAAUAGCAAGGCUUGCCAUGGCACGUAUUGCCGUAAGGUCGAGAAUAUCUCAUGACCAUACAGGAAAAUGUACACCAUAUGUGAUUGAAAAGCUAGCAAAGCAGCUUGUAGAUAAAGAUAAGAAAGAUGGAGCCAAGAAGAAGUGGGACAUAACUGGAAUACCAUGUAAGCAUGCUCAUGGUGUGAUGUUGAAGCUGAAGAUUGACCCUGAAGACUAUGUCUGUUAUGGUUCCGGACACCUAUGUGGAGAAGAAACUACACUGACGGACUUAUUCCAGUUAGGGGUUCGAGGUUUUGGCCAGCAACAGAUGCUCCGGAUGUACAUGUACCUCCUCCUAAAGAGAAACCAGCUGAAGAAGAAACCGGGACUGAAGCAGCAACAGAACCAGGAAAAGAAGCAGGGAAGAAGAAGCUCACCAAGGCUGACAAGACAAGAAAAAAAGGUGUUAAUGAGUCUCCAACUAAGAAGCAACGAAAGGAGAAGCAAAGGAUUAUGCAUUGUGGAGUUUGUGGUGAGGCUAAUCACAACGCUAGGCAUCACAAGGCGAAUUCUUCACAGACAUUGUUGUUGGAGGGUCCUCAAAGUCACGUUGAAUCCUCUCAAGGAACCCUUACUCAAGAUUGAGUUGACAUCUACUUUUGGUAUUUGGACUUAG